AUGAAAAUUGAACUUGCAGCAUUAGAAGACAAUAAUACAUGGGCUCUCACAAAAUUGCCACCUCAUAAGCAAGCCAUCGGUUGUAAAUGGGUCUACAAAAUCAAGCAUCAUUCCAAUGGUGGCAGUGAAUGCUUCAAAGCUCGCUUGGUUGCCAAGGGAUACACACAAAUACAUGGGGUGGACUACUAUGAAACUUUCUCACAUGUUGCCAAACUUACUACUGUUCAAGUUCUAUUAUCCAUGGAAAUUUCUAAGGGCUAG